AUGCGGUGCGCGGGCGGACCUGACGCCCCAGUGGGAUGGGAAGGGGAGUUGGCUGAAGAGAGGUGGCUGCCACCGCCCUUAGAGGCAGAUUAUGCCGGUCGCUCCGAGUUCGCUUCAUCCUUCGGCUGGGUGCCUGGGGGGGGGGGGGGGGGGGUGAUUAGGGUAGGGGAUGGUUUCGAUCAAGGUCAAGCUGCGGUAAUUUCGCAGCAAGCCCCUUAUCGCCGAUCGUCCAAU